CAACCGCCUUCCAAACUUUACUCUGUGUUUAUGAGGCUCGAGGAGCGAGAGAAUGAGCGCCGGUCAGACGGUCGAGGGAGCGGGGUGUGUGACCUGGUGGGGAUUCGGACCAGCAAGAGACCUCCUGAGCUCAGACCCAGGCAGAGAAAGGCUGCACGGAGAGCUGGAUGUUCUGCUGGUGGGCAGUGCAGAUCCCAGACACAUCCUGAAGACCAUCACUGGACUGAGAAACACAGACGCGCUACAUGUUUGGGUGAUUGAGAACAGCAUGGAGGUGGUCGCCAGACAGCUGUUACUGCUUUAUUUAUCACUCCUGACCCCUGUGAACAUGAGUCUACACAAGAAGACAGAGGUGUUUCUGGAGGUGUUUGGAAACUCUGAGAUCCGCAAAGAGACGGACGAGAUGUUAAAACACGCUGCGGCUCAGCUCUCUCUGUCCAUCGGGAACGCCCUGUCCUCUGACUCCCACAGCCAUCCAUGCCUAGAUACGAGUCUUCUGAAGUUUAAGGAGAGAGACGAGUUGGUGCGGAUCUUUAAGCUGUGGGAACGGCCGCCGUCGGGGCCGGCGAGUGCACGUAAGGCCUGGGACGUCCGAGUUCGGGGGCACCUGGGGACUCGCUACGAUUCACGGCUGGGCUGUUUCGACUGGGAUCUCACUAUGAAGCUGCACCAGAGCGGAUGUGGCGUCAUUAGCAAACAUCAGUAUGUGAAAUGGAGGGAAAGCGGAGUGGCGUUUGAGAUGAGGGAGGGGCUCUACCAAACAGCCAAUCAGAGUCUGCUCUCCACGCGAGUGUUCAAGCGCAGAGGAGAUCGGGUUGCUGUUAGAGGAUAUUGGGGCGACAUCGUCUCCAGUCCUUACCUAUCCUUCGGUGUGGAGACGGAGAACAAAGACCUGCUGAAGAAACAGAACAAUCAACAUAUGAAGACAGCUCAGGAUAUCUCACAAGUGAACCUCCAGGAGUUGUUUGAAUGUCUUGUCACUAGAGGGAGCUCUUUACUGAACAAAGAUGAACCGAACCCAUCAAGCUCUUGUCAAUCUGAAGAGAGUCUCGUAACAGAAGAGAAGAUACUGAAUGAUCCUGCUUCUCAAACUCGCACCGAACCUGAGCAACAGACACGAGAGCUUGAUUUGCUCGAUGUGAGUGGCGUGAAAGUGUCGUUUCUGUCUCCGGACUCGCUCGGCAAGCUUCCUCUCAAAAACAAAUAUAAAAACAUGUUUAAUACGGUCUUCUGUUCAGCAAGCAUGGUUCAUCAGCUGGAUUCUUCUCUGAGAGAGAUCACGGCGCCGGACGCUGCUCUGGUAAUAGAGUUAGCGAAACACCUCUUGGAUCUUUCAAAAGAGCAAGUGUCAGGUUUUGCUGACAGAGUGAAGGAGAUCGCUGGAGAUUCGGGAUUCGUCCCGGCGCUCGACCAGAGCACUGACGUUUACGCAGUAUUCGCACGGAAAAACGACUGAAGGACUCGACAGACACCAAGCUCGUUAUAAAUCAAAACCACAAACCCUUAAGUGCUUGAACAAUUUUAAUUAAAAAAAAAAGUGACCUGUCGUCUCUUCCUUUUCAUUCACAUACAAAAUGUCAAGGAAUGACAGAUUGCCAGAGUAAGAGAGAGAGAGUGUAAAGCUCUGCGUUUGUACAGAUAGUCUGGAAUCACAGAAAAUCAGAGAAAGAGUCAGGCAGAUACAGUAUACAGUACUGGCCCGGGAGAAAAGAGAUCGAUCGCUGGAUGAUUCAACAUUCAUCAGACAGAUGAGGUAAAACACUUCCGCUCCAGACUAAUACCAGCACUACACAAACUCUUGCAUUGCUACUGUUUUCAAGUUAAUCAUUAGAAUAGUGACAAUAAUAAUAUAACAACAACAAUAAUAAUAAUAAAAUUCUUCAUUAAGGUUUAAACUCAAGUGAAAGGUACAGCGUAAGCAGUGUUAGGCAAUACAGGAAAAAAAGACAAGACCUUUUUGAAGGAUAUAUAUCAAUAUUUCCACAACGACCAUACCUAGUUGUGCCAACGAGACCUCGUGCACUUGAAAGGCAACUUUAUAUUGUUUAAAAUACCAAAUAUGAGGGCGUAACAAGUGAUAAUAAAGAGUAGAGCUGCCAACGGAUUGCAAAGGCAAAAACUGAAAAACUACGAGGAAGUAUGGAAGCCCUUGCUCUCAGUCCAGCCAAGUGAAGCAAAGGGCCUUCAAGCAAAAAACACAUCCUACCGAAUACCACGUUAAUGCAGACUAUAGUGAUUGUACAUGUGUGAUGUUGUUGAGCGUAUAUUAUUCAUUUAGCUGUAAAAAGCAGUCUUCAUGUCUUUCACAAAUGUAAUGGCGAACGUUCCAAUGCAACAAUUGCGUUCGAUCGUAUAGUGGUUAUAGUAGUACAGUUAUAGAAAUAGGUCUCGCUUCUCUUGCAUUAUUUGAAUUAUUCUGUCGGUAAUUUUAAGGAAUAGCUCACCCAAAAAUAAAAAUGAGGUAAAAACAAAAAAAAGGUAUUCGCUCUCAGGCCAACAAAGAUGUAGGAGGAGUUUGUUUCUUCGUCAGAUUUGGAGAAAUUUAUCGUUAUAUGUCACCAA